CUCUCUCCUCCACUCACUCUGCUUUCAUUUAUCCCUCCAAGUGUCCGGACCAAAACCCCCAAAACGGCUACAUUCCGGAGGACUACUUAUCUUUUUUCCCCCCUCCCGUCUCGACGCUUUUCUGCCUCUAUUGAAUCCUCCCCACCAAAAGAAACAUUCCUACUUCCUGAUUUUAUCACUCAUCGUUUUUGUUGAACGUCUCCGGUGUCGAGACUUUGGUUGGACCUCUUUUUUUUAAUGCUCAUUCAAAAUUUCAAGUCAAGUGUUUUUAAGUAGUCCUUUAAAAAAACGACCCACACAAACAGGCGCUUUUUGGCAUCCUUUCCUCUUCCGUCCACGUGUAGUGUAAAGUUAAGUGUUAAAAUUGGUCGACAAUGGCAGGUUUGAACUCUCUGGAUGCUGUCAAGCGGAAGAUCCAGUGUUUGCAGCAGCAGGCGGACGACGCCGAGGACCGGGCUCAGGUCCUGCAGAGGGAGCUGGACAGCGAACGAGAGCUUCGGGAGAAAGCGGAGGGUGAUGUCGCGGCUCUGAACCGUCGCAUCCAGCUGGUGGAGGAGGAGUUGGACCGGGCCCAGGAGAGGCUGGCCACAGCGCUGCAGAAACUAGAGGAGGCUGAGAAGGCUGCAGAUGAGAGCGAGAGAGGAAUGAAGGUGAUCGAAACCCGAGCGAUGAAGGACGAGGAGAAGAUGGAGAUUCAGGAGAUGCAGCUGAAGGAGGCAAAGCACAUCGCCGAGGAGGCCGACCGCAAAUACGAAGAGGUGGCUCGCAAGCUAGUGAUCCUGGAAUUAGAUCUGGAGCGAGCCGAGGAGAGGGCCGAGCUCUCAGAAUGUAAAGCCGGCGACCUGGAGGAGGAGCUGAAAAAUGUGACAAACAACCUGAAGUCCUUAGAAGCCCAAUCGGAGAAGUACUCAGAAAAGGAGGACAAGUACGAGGAGGAGAUCAAAAUUCUCACUGACAAACUGAAGGAGGCUGAAACUCGUGCAGAGUUUGCAGAGAGGUCAGUGGCCAAACUGGAAAAGUCGAUUGAUGACCUGGAAGAAAAAUUGUCACAUGCCAAAGAGGAAAAUCUGGACAUGCAUCAAGUCCUGGACCAGACCCUGCAGGAACUAAACAGCUUAUAAACGUGCGCGCGCGCGCGCGCACACACACACACACACACACGGAUGAGAUAUAACAUUCCAUAAAUGUUCAACUCCAUUCCACAGCAUUCCUUGAGUAAGACGGGAUUAACUUGAUGUCGCUUGAUCUUCUUUUCAUCAUCAUCAUUAUAUAUAUAUUUUUUAUAUAAAAUGCAAUUUUGGAAGUUAAACACACAGAUACUCUGAAACUGCACAAAUUGCCUCCCAGCAAUUUAUUUUGACCACUUUAAAUAGAAACUUUUCAGUUUUGCUUUGCCCCCAUCCAGCCACACCUCCCAAACGAGGAAGAAGCACAAAUGGAAGUUUACUCAAUGGCAGCAUGAAUAUGCAGCGACACCCAGUGGUGAAAUGCAGCUAGUGAACACAAGCAGUAACCUUGUGUCAGUCCAGUCCAACACAGCACCCAAUUGUGUUUCAGAAUAGGCAUUUUUUUUUUCUUUAAGGUCUGGUACAAUACAGUUAAUUUAAACCGUAUUACGUUAUUGCCGAUGAGUUAAUUUUCCAUUUAAAAAAAUCUUACUUGUGUAAAAUUGCAAUAAUGUAGCCAAUAUUUAGAUUUAAUAUGCAAGUGUAACCCCCAAACCACUGGAAGCAUUGUCAAAUAAGUUCAGCCACGGAUCAUUACUGUAUAUACAUAAUGUUAGGUGCAGUACAGACUCUUUUUUGUGUGCGUUAUUUUUAUCACUUCUUAAUGCCGAGGGAACUUUCAAAACCAAAGAAAACUCACACCAUGCACAAUAAAUUGUCAACACCAUUUUUUAAUGUCAUCUCAUGCCAGAGCCAAUUAAAAUAGCCUCCAAUUGUGAUUAAAUACAUAUUUGAAGUAUUUCAUAAAUCAAAUCCCAUCCAUGUCACCGAAUAAAUGUUUUACAAAACGUUG